AUGGUUCUAAGUGGGUGGGUGGGAGUUGUGAUGUUGCGCGGGUUAGAGGUCAUGCGGUGUCUUGUUAGAACUUUAUUUUAUGACAUUGUAGGUAUUUUUCUAUUUAAUACGUUUACAUAUCUCAUUGGUGGUGUGUUGGUUGAAAUAGACUGCGAUCGUGCUAAUCGGGAAAAGCAACCAGCACUGUAUUCCGGUUUUAUUCCGCUACAAUCGCUUCACUUAUCUUUUCACCCGGUUAGCAGAUCUUCACCAACCGACUAUAUGAUUGCGGCAGAAGAGGAGAGUCUUGCGGAAUCAUUUAUAAACAAGGAAGAAACUAUGGAGCAAGAAGAUGGUGAAGUUAGUGAUGCGUCCAACUGUGAUAUAGUGAAUGAUGAAGGUGAAAUAGUGGAUCAACAAAUGAGCCAAUCAAACCGUGAAGAGGAUGAUAUAUCAGCAAAGACAGACGUUAACGUUUCGAAGAAAACAGCUCUUGAAAAAUUAAAGAAUAUGAGUUUUAGUUCUAAAUCGAAACUUCCUGUACGAAGUUCAUCAAUGGAGCGACGAGAAAGAGAAAAAAAAGAUCGACAAACUCUCAUAACACCAAAACUGCAACAUUCACCUCGUCGCGACAACGACGAAGAAAGGCGGCAAAGGAAAAGGCGUUGGGAAGAGCGGAAUGAUGAACAGGAACAUCAUCAGACACUUGUUGAAGAACGACCUAGGCCAUUGAGGGAGGCCGUUACCGCUGCCCAUGUGACACCAUUACCAAUAAGUAAACCUUUGGAGCCAGCUCGUCCUAAUGAUCAGCCUCAUACGUUGCGGCAACGCAUCGAAAAACUCAUUACUGUCCAGGAGAGCGAAGCUAUUAACAUGUCCGACAAAGAACUCAGAAAUUUGAUAGCACGAAUGUGUGAACUCAGUAAAGAACAGCAACGAUUACAGCGAGGUCGACAAAUUCAAUUUGAUACACUACAAGAAAUAUAUAUGGAGGUGAAGGAUGACAUUGAGAAAUUGUACAUCCGCGUUCCGGUUCAUUUGCGAAUGGAUUUUCCGCUUCCACCCCAAACUCUGCAUCCUUCUGCUUCAUCUUCCGGCGGUCCAUUACAAAUGAACGGGAGAACGACUGCUUUUCAACUGGAGCAGCGAUUCCGGUUACCAAGUCGUUUCGAUCCAUCUCAGACUGUUACAAAUGCAAACAUGCAGCUGAAUUCUGGCAAUGAUCCUGAAGUCAUUGUGCGAAACAAAGAAGGAUGCGUUGGAGGACGAAUAGGAUUCGGUGAAGUUGGAAGUGUUUCUAGCGAUGCGCAGAGGGCAUUAGGUAGUAGGAAUGGGGGAAUUUACAGUAGUUUGAAUGAGCACGGAAUGUUCGAAGAUAUAAGUCGAAUUGGAUUGGGGAGCGGUGGUACAUUGCUAAGGAAUGAUGGCGGAUCAAAUCCAACUACUACUGUGGAGCGUGUUCCUCAUACAGAUUCAAGUUCGGAGCCGAUAAUACAUUCUGCUAACGGUAAAAAACCGCCAUUUCCUAGCUUGAACGGUCCUGCCCAUUUAGAUCAGUCUGCUUCAGUGAUCCCUUCAACGAGCGCAUGUGAUCUUGGUCCUAAGCCGCUAUUCAGCAGGUUAGACUUCGGUGACGGUAGUUCCAGAUUUUCUGAAGGCGGAUCUUCUCAUGAUUUGCCAGCUCAGAUGAGUAGCUUUAGCGAUCGCCCGGCGCAAUUAAUGAGCUUUGGUAAUACAGCCAGUCCAAAUCAGGCAUCACAUUCCAUGGGACGACAAAUCUACGACACUCCUGAUAAAUCAGCAACAUCAACGUAUACUGUGGUGCAGACAAAUGCUUUAAAGAAAAUAGAAUCUGGAGAGAAUGAUGGUGGCAUACGAACAGUAAAUCAGCACUCUUUCAUACACUCGGGAUCACAAGGCCCGAAUAGUUUCAUCCAUCUGAAUAAGACUCCUUCUCCAAUGUCUGAUUUUUCCCCGAAUGUUUCAUUGAGAGCAGUAUCGAAUUCAGUGGAUACCGACAGUGCUCUGUGUAGCACAUAUCAUGGAAGUCCAAUCCGUUUGAACUCAAACGAGAUUCAAAGCAGCUCACAAGUACCUCUUCCAAAUCUUUCCGAGCCACCUCCACCUUUUGGAACAGCUCCUAUAAAUGGCCCAUCUGUAUUACGGAAUAAAGUAUCGAAUACGGUUUUUUUGAAUACGAUGCAAAGUUCCAAUAUUGUACCAUCGCAAGCAAUACCAGCACCAACUGGUUCUGCUCCAGCGUACCCUUCGGAGCAUGCUGUUGGUACCAUUCAACCACUUUCCUCGACCUCCACUACUAGCGCGCUGAAUGUUUUAUCUGGAAACAACAAUGCUACCCAGAACUUGCAACCACAACCCGGGAAUGCUACCGUUGCCGCUGCGCAGCCAUUAAUAUCAUUACAUUCCGGAUCAUCUGCAGUCAGCGUUCCGCCUCCUGACUUCUCUGUUCCUCCACCGUUAGCACCAUCACUGACAGCAAGAGCAAAUGUUGCUAAAUCUAUCACUACUAAUCUUUUAAAUCAUGCUGAGCCAGCCAGCUCUGCUGAUUCAAGGACAGGACCAAACCCAGCUCUCCAAAGAAGUUUGUCACAUAUAAAGGGAGGAGUAUUAACAAGUAGUACUGUACUGACUGGUUUACCUUCAAUGAAUGUCCCACCACCUUCCUUUUCGAUACCACCUCCUCGAGCACCAAAUGUUGGCCCUGUAUUUCCCACUCCUCCACCGAUGGCUACUAGUGGAAUAACUUCUGGACCGAGACCUGCUAAUUUGGUAUCUCCCAUAGUUGUGCCACCUCCAAAUCUUAUGUCGGGACCAGUAAGUUUAAACUGUCCACCACCUGAUAUGUCUCAACCUCCACCUAACAUCCGUAGUACGCUGGGAGCGAGCAAUCCAGAAAAUAUUCAGCAAAUUGUCAAUGCAGUGGUUGGUCAAUCUACUGUAAGUGGCCAGACGCCUGUAGAAGUUGUAACAGAAUUAAUCGCAAAUGCUUACAAUAGAGCUGGAGGCGUCAGGCUUCAUCAUGAUGCAUCAUUAAAGCAGCGAAUGUCUGUAGCCACGGAGAACACCGUCAUGAUGAAUAAAAUGAGAACUCCUACACCCGCUGGACCACCAAGACCACUUUCUUCGGUAGGCAAAUUGCCACCACCACUUAUGCUUUCACCUGGAACUCGUGGUGGUCCCGCCUCGAGAAUUUCUAGUUUUAACAAGCGCAAAGGAUUGCAGAUUCGACCAUCAUCAACUCGUCCGCAGCAGCGUCAAAAGCGACAAAUCAGCGAUAUGGUAGCCAUCAUUCCGGAUGAACAUGCACGGUGUGGAAGUGGCAACGGUUGGACAGUUUCGAAGCACAGCGGGUUACGUAGCCCAGAAGCUUCCAAGCAAGCUGGAAAUGUGGUGCCAGGUGUUGGUUGGUGA